GCAACAAGUUAAACGACAGUGGACCACCGCAGCUCCAUCUCAAUCUCCAUCUCAAUCUCCAUCUCCACCGCCAACCGCCUUAAUUGCACUACGACGGCCACCCCCACUCUCACCCAAUCCCAGGUUUGAGGUUGCUCUUGCCCCCUCUAAUCUCACCCCCUUCUACCUUCCUUAUUAAAUUCUCUCGAUCCAUCCUUUUCACCCAGGAAUUUGGCCCACUUUUAUCCAUCUACUGCAAACCAUCAUCAAUUUCUCCUUCUGCCCCAACAUCUUCACUUAUUAUCUCACCUUUUAAUGCCCAAUUUCUGCUCUCUGAUUGUUCUUCCAUGUUUUCCCCAAACCCUAGAUCGAUACCUUGUUUUUGCCACUGCUCUUCAUUUUCCGGUGCCAUUGCAGCAUAAUUUCUGCACGUGUCUGUUUCUGCUGCAAAAGAUUCCUGUAUUCAGUCGUGUUGUGGGUUAAAUAGGGGAGAUUUUAUAGGUGUGUGAUGAGCGAGAAAGUGCUGACGACGGCAGAGCUGGGGUAUGGUGGCUAUAGGACUCCACCAUUCACUCAAGUGCAGCUCAAGGAGCUGGAACAGCAAGCCAUAGUGUACAAGUACUUGGUGGCUGGCCUGCCGCUACCACCAGACCUCGUUAGGCUGUUCCGCCACAGCUUCGAUGGACUGCCCGCCCAUGUCUUCAACCAUUCCGCCUUGAACUAUUAUUCCUAUUAUGGCAAGAAGUUUGAUCCCGAGCCGGGGAGAUGCCGGAGAACAGAUGGGAAGAAGUGGAGGUGCUCUAAAGAUGCACAUCCAGACUCAAAGUAUUGUGAGCGACACAUGCACCGUGGUCGCAACCGUUCAAGAAAGCAUGUGGAAUCUCAACCAACAUCGCAGUCCUUGUUGACUGCAUUACCCCGCUCAUCGAAUGGGGGAUGUAUCGACUGUGGAAGCUCUCAACAGGUGCCAUUGUACUCAGGUGCUAAUUCGAAAGGAUUAUUUGUUGGGAGCAAUGCAUCAAAGCUGCAUAUGGGACCAUAUGGGAUUAGUGGCAGGGAAUUCAGUUUCUCACAUGAGGCUUGUGGAAGGGCAGGAGGUGUGGAUUUAGGUCCUAAUGCAGGCAGCAGCACGUGGACUCUCACGCCUUCUCAUGUUUCUUCUAGCUCCUUGUUCAAACAAGGAUCCGAUUCUCGAUAUCUAGCCACUUCUUCUGCUCAACAAUAUAUGACUCAUGCCUUCGAGCCCAUGAAUGCUAGCUUGCCAAAACAGCAGCAGCACAGCUUAUUUGUGAGUGAUUUCAGUUCACCAACAACAUUGAAGCAGGAACAUCUCUUCUUCAGUGAGUGGCCCACAACUAAGGAAUCGUGGUCCAAUCUCGAUAACGGCGGAUCUAGCCAGAGUACCUUCACCUCUACUCAGCUGUCCAUGUCAAUCCCUAGGGCAUCCUCUGAUUUUGCUUUAGGGACUGCUUACUCUACAAAUGAUGCGUGAAGGCUGAUGAGGAGAGAUACGAGAGGCAAAUCAUUUGUGCCUGAUGUAUCAUCUGAUUCUGUCAAUAUCGGAUUCACCUUCAAGUUAGACUGGUUGGAUUGUUCGUAUUGUACUCGUAAUACUUUUCGCUGCUAUACACCUGCCAAAUUUUGAGUUAUCUAACACUCCCCCCGUCUCCCCUCGGAAAUUAUGAACAUUUGGUUUGACACAUGUUUUAAUGCAUAAGAAAAUUAUGAA